AUGUCGGCAAUGUCAAUAAAAGUAGAUAAUAGAUAUAUAAUAAAGGAAAAAGAAAAUACUAAUAACCAAUGUGAUCAAAUAAAUGUAGAUAUCAACCAUAUAAUAAAAGAUAUAUAUGGUUUUAAUUGUAAUAAAAAAAGAAGUGCCCAUUUUAUUAGCGAUAAUACAAUAAAUAAUAGUCAAGAUAUAAAAAAUUUAUAUAAAAAAAUAAAAAUUCAAGAUUAUAAUAAUAUAAUAAAAACUACCGAAUCUCAUGAUAAUAAGUCGGAAUAUGAUCAUGAUACUUCUACAAUUUUUGACAAUAAUGAAAACAAAAAUUGCAUAAAUGUUGGAAGCGGAAAUGAAGAUAAUAACUAUGGUUACCCAAAUUUGAAGUCAAACAGAAAAAGUACAAAAAAUAGUCGUGAUAAUAAUAAUAAUAUUAAUGAUGAUGUUGAAAAAAAAAAGAGAAUAUGUAAUAAUUAUACAGAUAAUAAUGUAAAUGAAGAAAUUGAAAAUAAUUUAUCAAAAAAGUUUGAAACACUUAUUGAUAAUGUAUUAGAAAAAAUAUCAACAUGUAAUGAAAUAAAUCAAGCUAAAAAAAUUAUGAUACCUAUGAUUAGUAACUUUAUACAAAAUAAUUUUGAAUCUAAUAAUAAUUCAAAAGAAGAUAAUAAAAUUGAAAAUGAAAUUUUGCAAAAAGAAAAAAAAGUUUUAAUAAAUGCAGUUAAAACACAAUAUCACAAAAUUAUAAAUUUACAAAAAGUUAUUGAUAAUCAAAAAAUUGAAUUAAAAAAAAAAAAUGAUGAAUUAAAUAAAAUAAAAGCUAAAGUACAUGAAUAUUUUUAUGAUCUAAAUAAUUCAAAUAAAAGGGUUUUCAACAUUUUAACUCCCGAUGUCUAUUAA